GCGAAGCAUAUACAUGUAACUGCGGCGCGUGUAUAUAUAGCAGCGAGUUCUCACUCGAGCACUAGUUCUCUUCUUGUUCUGUCCGUUCGUUUAUUAAAAUAUUCGGAAGCACGAAUCUUCGACGCAAACGGAUCACUAUUUUUCAAAUCCGUGGGAAAAUGGCUAAGGACAAUCUCACCGCUAUACUAUACGGCAUCAACGAUUUACGUCUGGAGAACACUAACAUCGAGGAACCAGGAGACGAUGAGGUGCUUCUGGAAAUGGGGUGUGUAGGAAUCUGCGGAUCAGAUGUCCAUUAUCUCGUAAAUGGUAGGAUCGGCGACUUUAUAGUGAAGAAACCCAUGAUCAUUGGUCAUGAAUCUUCCGGUACUGUCGCUAAACUUGGGAAAAAUGUUAAGAAUUUGGAGGUCGGUGAUCGUGUUGCCAUCGAACCCGGUGUUCCCUGCAGGACUUGCACGUUUUGUAAAGAGGGACGUUACAACUUGUGCAAGGAUAUAGUGUUUUGUGCAACUCCACCUGUGCAUGGCAGCCUAAGACGUUAUUACAAACACGCAGCUGAUUUUUGCUUUAAGUUACCUGAUCACGUAAGCUUAGAGGAAGGAGCACUUUUAGAGCCGUUAUCAGUAGGAGUGCAUGCUUGCAAACGAGGCGGAAUCGGAAUUGAUUCUAAAGUAUUAAUUCUGGGAGCUGGUCCCAUCGGUCUGGUGACGUUGUUAGUAGCCAAAGCCAUGGGCGCAAGCAAAGUGGUUAUCACGGAUAUUGUAGAAAGUAGACUGAAAAUGGCAAAGAAACUCGGCGCUGAUAAUACGUAUCUGGUACAAAAGGAUAGAUCGGAGAAAGAUGCAAUAGCUGAUAUUCACGCAAUUUUUGGAGAUGAACCAAACAGGACAAUAGAUGCUUCUGGUGCACAAGCAUCGAUUCGUCUGGCAAUUCUCGCAACCAAAUCUGGUGGAGUCGUGGUAUUGGUGGGAAACACUGCUCCAGAAGUACAAAUUCCACUAAUUAACGCACUAGUUAGGGAAGUUGAUAUCAGAGGUAUCUUCCGAUAUGCAAAUGACUAUGACGAUGCGUUGAAUCUUGUUGCAUCUGGCAAGAUAGAUGUGAAGCCAUUGAUCACUCAUAACUAUAAAAUAGAGGAAACCAAGAAAGCCUUUGAGACCAGCAGAACUGGAGCAGGUGGAGCUAUUAAAGUUAUGAUUCACUGUAAAUAAUAAGUGAGUUAUAGAAGGAUUCAGAGUGUCAGAAUGUCAAAUGCAAUCAUAAUUUUCUGCAAAAAACACUAUGUGAUAAAAUUAUAGAUUGUAAUAUGUUAAAUUACAUAAUGUUAUUUGAAAUUUUUGUGUAGACAGUAAGCCUUAACUUACUUGUUUACAUAUUAUCUCGUAUCACAAUAUGAAAUGUUAAUCUAUAUAUGAUGUAUAUUUUAUCUUUUUAAUAGAAUCUUUUUAAUAAAAAUUACAAUUUGAUUGAAUACCAUGAUUUUUAAUAUCAUUGUACAGACAUUGUAUAAAUAUGUAUAAUACCUUUGACUAUAAAAAUAUGGACUGCUAGUUACCUCCACUUUCCCUAUCAACUUGGCUUCAGCAGUCCAUAUUUUCAUAGUCGAAGUAUAAUAUAUAAAAAAUAUAUAAUAUAUAAAAUUCGAAUAUAAUAUAUAAUAAGUCGAAUAUAAUAUAUAAAAUUUUUACGAGACAUAGACAUUUCUUAUAUUUCUUCGACUUUUAUUUGAUUAUUUAUAGUUUUUGUGGAACUAUGUUCCUUUUGCCAAAGAAUAGAGGAUUGUGAUGUUAAUAUAACUUUGUUUGACUUUGUACGGUUACGUUAUGUUAGUGUGACUUUUGUUUAUUUCUGGUUAAUAAAUAAUGGAUCUUAAUAAA